CUUUAAUAAUUGAAAAUAUGGUGACAGUUUCUUCGUCUAGCGGGUUCGAGAGAUUUAAGGACGAUGGACUACUGAUGUGGGUUAGAAGAUGGACAGAGCUUGACCAAAAUUCUGUGGAAACUCCUAGGAAGGCCUUAAUUUUUGUAAGUCAUGGACUAGGUGAACACAGUGGUUGGUAUGACGAGCUAGGAUGUUCACUAGCCGAAAUUGGAUUUUUGGUAUUCUCCCACGAUCAUGUUGGUCAUGGGAAAAGCCCUGGCAUCCCUAACCACAUUGAUGACUUUAAGGAAUACACUUCAAUUCUCUUUGACCACUGCAAUAUAAUGAAGAGGAAAUACCCGGAUUUACCGGUGUUUUUAUUUGGACAUUCUAUGGGAGGUGCUAUAGCAAUAAAAGCUGCUAUGGAAAAUGAAACCUUUUUCGCUGGUGUCAUCACCUCGGCUCCGUUCGUCAUUCCAAGCAAAGGCUUACCUUCAAAAGUAGAGCUGUUUUUCAUGAAGAAUGUAAUUGCAAGACUCUGUCCACAACGUAAACUUUUCUUUGUCGAUCCAAAAGAGAUUUCUCGUGAUCCCGACAUGAUAAAAAGCUUUGAAGAAGACGAUUUGAUUCAUCCGUUUUUCAAAGCUAGAUUUGGAGUUGCUUGGAUUAGUUGCUCAGAAAUAAUUACACAGAAUUUGGAAUCCAUUUCUUGGCCUUUUCUAGCAAUCCAUGGUGAUGCUGAUCCUAUAAGUGACGUCAAAUUCUCUCAAGAUAUGUUUCAAAAAGCCAAAAGUCUAGACAAAGAACUUAAGGUAUAUCCCGGAUUUCUCCAUGCGUCCCUUUACGAACCAGAAGAGGAUAGACAACUUGUUCUUAAGGAUAUUAAACAAUGGCUAGAGAAAAGAAUAUAAAAUACAAG